CGCCAGGCAGGGGCUGGCGCUGUCGUAGGAGGGAGAGCGAGCGAGCGAACCAGAGCCCCUUUCUUACCACUACUCCCCCUUUCUUGCUUCUCGCCCGCGGGUGGUACGGUCCGUACAUUUUCAGACAGAGUGGCAACCUGUUCCUACAGCUCAGCAAGUUCCUGAAAACCUGUUUCUAAGGAAGUGACAGAUAAGGAAACUGAGGCUCAGGUAAAUGACUUGCCUGUGAUCACAAAUGGGAAGUUAGAAGUCACUGACAGGAUUUGAAGCCAGGUCUACUUCAUGACUCCAGUCCAGCACCUGUCCACUAUACAUACAAAUCAGUGUAAAAGCAAAUUAUGUUAUAAUAGGAUAUUACUACUUUAAUGACAAAAGAUGGCCCUGCAUUUCAACACUGCUAUUUGGAGAGGAAAAGACUGACUCAAGUCCUUUGGGUAUUGCUCAGGAAAUAAGCAGACAGAGAAUUGUAACUUUAUUGUCUGCCAGUAACAUGGAGUGACUAACAUUUGCUAUUUCCUUGGGCAUACUCCUUUAGAAAAGAAGACAAAUGUAUUAGUUUAUACCCUUGAAGACUGCAAAAGAAGAUACAUCGGGAGGCAGUCUUAACUCCCACCAGCCUUUGCACCACCAUCUGGGUAGAAGACGAGGGGCCAGUGCAGGCAAACAAACCAUAAACCAAUCCUGGUUCUUCUCUUUUUCCUUCUUAAGAUCAUUAAAAUUUGAUAGACCACCAUAUAAAAUAAAAAUUAUCUGUGGACAGACUAUCAGGGUUGCUAACUUUACCAUUAAAAAAAAAAGUCUGCCCAUAAUGCCAAAACUGUGUGUCUACUGUUUAUUGCUGUCAGCCAAAGGGCUGUGAUUCUCUUUUUCUUUUCCAGUGCUGUAUACAGACUGUUUUUGACCAUGGCAGCGAUGAAGCGUAAACGAGUUGUGCUUACAAUCCAGGAAAAGCUGGAAAUCAUUGAAAAACUGGAAAAAGGUGGUAACACAAGGCAGCUUUCUAUCAUGUAUGGAAUUGGUGAACAGACCGUUCGUGACUUAAAAAAGAGAAAGGCACAGCUACUUUCCUAUGCAAGUAGCUCAGGCUCUGCAACACUUCUGGCUAGACGCAAGUCUAUGAAGCAGUCUACCUACAAGGAGCUAGAUAGAGCAAUGUUGGAAUGGUUUAAUCAGCAGAGAGCUGAAGGAACUCCAGUGUCUGGGAUAAUUUGUGCAAAACAAGCAAAGGCUUUUUUUAAUGCGUUAGGAAUGGAAGGGGACUUUAAUGCCUCUACUGGUUGGCUUACCAGGUUUAAGCAGAGGCAUGGGAUUAGAGAGCUAAAUUACCAAGGUGAGAAAUCAAGCGGUGAUCAGUCAGCUGCUGCUGAUUUUCGGGAAGAUUUUGAGGAAUUUACGGAAAGUGAAAGGUUGCAGCCAGAGCAGAUCUACAAUGCUGAUGAAACUGGGCUUUACUGGAAAUCCUUACCGGCAAGGACAUUGGCUUUUGAGAAUGAACAUCCUAUUCCAAGCCAUAAACUCAGUAGAGAGAGACUAACUGUGUUGUGUUGCGUAAAUGCAACUGGUUCUCACAAGUUGAAACUGUGUGUUGUUGGGAAAGCAGAACAUCUGCAUUUGCUUCGAGAAGCCAAUCCAUUAAAUAUGCCCAUUGAUUGUUUUAACCACAAAGAAGCGUGGAUGGACUGCACCAUUUUCAAAGAAUGGUUUGAUAAGAAAUUUGUUCCCCAGGUCCGGGAGCACUUACUCUCUAAAGGCCUUCCAGAAAGAGCCGUCCUACUUUUAGAUUAUGCACCCUCCAAACCCAGUGAAGGUCUUCUCAAGUCUGAGGAUGGCAACAUCUUUGUGAAAUAUUUGCCGCCAAACGUGGCCGCUCUAAUUCAGCCUAUGGACCAGGGGGUGAUAGCAUGCAUGAAGCGACACUACCGAACGGGAUUAUUAAGAAAGCACGUGCAAGAGGGGCAUGACAUGAAAUCCUUUGGGACCACCCUGACCGCUCAGGACGCUAUCACUCAAGCGGUCAGAGCGUGGAACUUAGUGAAGCCGGUCACAAUCGUACGAUCGUGGCGCAAAAUCAUUUCUGACCCAGAUGAAGAAGGGAUUCCAUCAGCCGGCUUCCUGGUGCACGGGCAGCAGCAGCAGCCCAGAGGUCACAAAAAGAGCCGUGCUGCGCGCGCGGAAGAGAGGCGAGGGAUCCGCUACCACGAAGCAGGCAACCAGUCACCGGCUGACAACGAGACGAUGACAAGCGCUGAAGAAAUCAAAGUGGAACCGAGCGACAGUGAAGGAGAUGAGCGAGAACUGAUCCCAGAGGGUCACAUUAGCCACGGUGCUGCGUUAAGCUAUGUGGAGAUCCUGCUUGAUUAUCUGGAGCAGCAAGAGGACUCACUCGUGACCGACAAACUAGUCCUCCACCGACUACGCACAACGAUAAGGAAGAAAGAAGACGAGUCGAUGGGACGAGUAACAGUCACUGAUUUUUUGACCAAUAAAUAAGGCCGGGCCUUGAUUUUCUCAUCUGUAAAAUGAGGGGUUUGGACUAAAUGGUCUCAAGGGUCCCUUCCUGCUCAGUUUUGUGACCUUUAGGAUCUGCCGCCGUCCUCUUGGAGCUGAGACUGAUUUAUGACCUUGUUCUGUGCUUGUUUAUGGAAGGUAAAUAUACUAACUAUGUAUGUGUUUGUAGCUCAAAAUACUUAUAUUUUGUGCAAGGUGGCCUAUUUUUAAAUGGGUCUCCUUUCAUUAUUUAUGUUUUUGCUUUAUCUCAGCACUCUCUGCCAUCCCUUUUGCCUGUGCCCUACAUUUCUCAGGAUAAUUAAGAAUUUGUUUUCUUACAUUAAAGUUCUAUGACAUGUAAAUUCCAGUUCACGCUAAGUCCUGGAAAUGGUGGGUGGCAAAGAUGAGCCAUCAAUCAUUCCGUGAAGACAGGGGCUCAGAGGCAUCUCUUAAAUCCCUUGGUUUGCUUCCACCACCUUAUAAUAAAGAUGACAGUUAUUCA